AGAGUCCAUACAGGAGAAAAACUAUUUGGCUGUGUUGACUGUGGAAAAAGAUUUUCCAGAACAGUCAACUCUAAAGACACACAUGAGAGUCCACACAGGGGAGAAACCACAUGGCUGUGAUGACUGUGGGAAAAGAUUUAAUCUUCAGUCAAAUUUAAAGAUGCAUAUGAGGAUCCACACAGGAGAGAAACCAUUUGGCUGUGAUGACUGUGGGAAAAGAUUUAAGCGUCAGUCACAUUUAAAGUUACAUAUGAAAGUCCACACAGGAGAGAAACCAUUUAGCUGUGAUGACUGUGGGAAAAGAUUUUCAGAUCAGGGACAUCUGAAGAGACACGUGAUAGUCCACAAUGGAGAGAAACUCUUUGGCUGUGAUGUUUGUGGAAAAAGGUUUUCAAUACAGGGAAGUCUGAAGAACCAUAUGAGGAUCCACACAGGAGAGAAACCAUUUGGCUGUGAUGCUUGUGGGAAAAGGUUUUCAAUACAGGGAAGUCUGAAGAAACACAUGAGGAUCCACACAGGAGAGAAACUGUUUGACUGUGAUGCUUGUGGGAAAAGAUUUAAUGACCAGUCACAUCUGAAGAGACACAUGAGAGUCCACACAGGAGAGAAACCAUUUGUCUGUUUUGACUGUGGAAAAAGGUUUUCAUUACAGGGAAGUCUGAAGAGACACAUGAGAGUCCAUACAGGAGAGAAACUUUUUGGCUGUGAUGACUGUGGGAAAAGAUUUUCAGAACAGAGAAGUCUGAAGAAACACAUGAAAAUCCACACAUGAGAAAAAACAUUGGACAAUGAGUGUUA